AAAAUAAUGAAGAUGGUUCGACAAAAAAAAAAUUAAUUUGAAGAUUAUUUAAAAAAGGUAUGGAGCCUGGAAAUUUUACUUUUCCGUCGCAUGUUACGGUGACCACGUACUCGGAUUGGCCUUAUUCAAGAUAUAAAAAAUUAGAUAAUGGCACGUAUGUCGGGGAAGGGUUUGCCUUUGAAUUAUUGGAAUUGAUGGCUAAAAAAUUUAAAUUUACUUAUACGAUCAUACCACCAGAUGUAGAUCAGAUUGGAGAUGAAAAUAAAGGCAUGAUACAUCAGUUAUAUACUAAACAAGUAGAUAUGGCUGUUGCUUUUAUUCCAAUUUUAAGUCAAUUCAGAAAUUUUUGUGCAUACUCUACGCCAUUGGAUGAAAUGGACACAACUUUUUUAAUGAGAAGGCCACCUGUUUCAUCUACUGGAUCAGGAUUAUUAGCACCGUUCAGCGCUAAAGUUUGGUUUUUCAUACUAGGAGCUUUAUUAAUUGUGGGUCCAACUAUUUACAUAUUUAUUCAUUUGAGGAAAAAACUUGAAGGUGAUUCACGUGCUGAUAAAUUUACUUUUCUGACUUGCAUGUGGUUUGUCUAUGGAGCAUUGCUAAAACAAGGAACAACCGUAGCUCCAAUUGGAGAUUCUACGCGAUUGGUAUUUGCUACUUGGUGGAUAUUCAUCACCGUUUUAACGUCAUUUUAUACAGCAAACUUGACAGCUUUCCUCACGUUGUCUAAAUUUACACUAGCUCUAAAUAGUUUGGACGAUUUAGCGGAUUAUCAUUACCAAUGGUUUAUAAUUGACGGACGUUCUAUAGAAAGAAUGAUGGCUUACAAUUUCAUUCAAACUAAAAGAUUGUCAGAAACUAGACGAUAUUAUGGAUUCGUUUACAAGAACUAUGACAUGCCGUAUGCAACUAUAUUGAAAGAAGCUACUUAUGGUAAAGUAUUCGUCACCGAUCGUGUACUCGCGAAAAUGGCAAUUUUCGAAGACUAUCGAAAUAAAACUAGACUUGGAAUGCACGAAGACCAGCGGUGUACUUUUGUUACAAGUGAAAAGAACGUGCUACCAAUCGUACGAGCUUUUGGAUUUCAAGUAAACUCGAGCAUCAAAGCUUCUUUGGAUAAAGAGUUUAUUAAAGCAGUCGAAUGUGGUUUAAUAAAACAGAUUAAAAUGAAAAACUUAACGGAGGCUCAAUAUUGCCCGCUAAAUUUAAGAUCCAAAGAGCGACGAUUAAAAGUUUCGGACCUUUGGAUGACAUACAAAGUUGUGUUUUCCGGUAUGGGUGUUGGUUUCAUGAUAUUUAUAUUAGAACUGUUUUCAAGGUUCAUCCGCAAGUGCAUGUACUCAGAAUGGUUCCAUUGUUGUUGCAAGGCUCAGAUCGGUGCCACCAGUUCACUAGACGAUUCCUGGUACACGAGGAAAAUGGGUUCGAGCGAUUGGACAAGAACUCCACCACCGGUUUAUCAAUUCAGUCAGGAAUGGACCCGCAAAACCUACUCGAUCAACGGUCGUGAUUAUUACGUUAUUACCGAGGAAGGAGGCGACCGACGUCUCAUACCAAUAAGAGCGCCAUCAGCUCAUUUAUUUCAAUAUUAUCUCAAUUAAAGUACCGUAGCUUUCCCUCUGCUGAAUUUCUACGAGUACUUGUCAGACGGAUUUCAACUAACCGCUUGUUGUGGUUUAAGACGGCAUGGAUAUUUGCCAUAAACUGUUCGAGAAUAAUUUUUUAUAUUAUUCAACUCUAAAUAUUUCAUCUUCAAUUUUUAUUUAAAAAUAACAAAUAAUAACAUCGUUAUGUAUUACGUUCAAAGAUAAAAAAGCGUUGCUAGGGACUUUGUUCGUUUGUUUUAGUUAAUUGAAUACAAGCUUGACUAACAAAAACCAAAUGUUGAAUCUGAUUAAUUUUUUCUCUUGGAACAGCAUGUGCGUCGAUGUACGUUGUGGUUUUUCCCAGACUUUUCGAAAUCCAACAUUCAAAAUAUUGCAUUAUUCUCUAACGGCAAACAAAGCUAACCGUUUCAAAAUAUAACCCUAAAAGGCAUUUCAAAAAGAGCUGAGUUUGAAGCGACGCGGUGGGCUGAAACGCAAACAAAGCGAAUUUCUUUAAUCUAAAAUUUAUACUGUAUAAGCCUCCAAUCCUACAGAAUGAAUAUUCCAAAUACGAAUAAACAGCUAUUAAUGGAUGCAUGGCUUAGUACUGCUAAAUGAAAUGAUUUUUGAAUCAUCAAGUGA